GCAGGCUCCAUUAAUCACUUGUUCAAAGAGAUGGAGUGACGAGUCUUCACCAUCAACAUCAGCAGAUAAUUCUGCCAAGCCCUCAGUAUGCCAACCAUUCACCUAGUCUCCCUCAUCACUUUCAUUGUGGUCCUGAUGGCCUUGCUGAUUCCUAGAGCUAGAACCACACGCUGGCCCAGACCUCAGAGCACCAAGAAGCCCCCUCAUACUGGGAGCAGUGGCAGAGGUGGGAGAGGUGGAAUUGAACCGACCACCACCCUGUCCCCUUCCAGCAGCCUGCACACAGAUGAGACAACUGAGGUUAUGAUGGACGCUUACUCCUUGUCCUCUACAGACAGCAACACGUUCUCCAGCAACACUUACUCGACUGAAUUCCACACUGAUGCCAUAGUGCCUCCUGGGAACAACCAAGGAAACUAUACUCUCGACUAUACUGACUGCUUCUACAACUUUUGUGAGUGCUGUCCACCAGAGAGCGGUCCUGUAGGGCCUAUGGGAGAAAGAGGGCCACCUGGACCACCAGGAGAGAAUGGCCCUCCAGGGCUGACAGGUGCGAAGGGAGAUGUAGGGCCCAGAGGACCCCAAGGACCAACAGGACUAGCCGGAGCCAGUGGACUCAACGGCAGCACAGGUGAAAAAGGUGUUCAAGGACCUGUGGGUCUUCCUGGUACUCCUGGGAUCUCAGGAAAACCAGGAGAAAAAGGUGAUCCAGGCCCUAAAGGAGAAAAAGGUGAACAUGGUUCCAGCGGUUUGAAAGGGGACCCAGGAGAAAAAGGAGAGCCUGGCCUCAAUGGGACUGAGGGCAGCAUUGGGAAACAGGGGCCCAUGGGUCCCCCAGGUAUAGCUGGGACAAAGGGUCAGAAAGGUGAACAGGGACUUCCAGGUGAAGGUUUACCAGGUGAGAAAGGUAAAGUGGGUGAUCAGGGGCUCCCUGGUCCAAAAGGUGAAAUGGGACACCCAGGGGUGAAUGGACUUGAUGGUGCAAAGGGAGAGAAAGGGGAGUCGGGGCCUCCAGGAGGGAAAGGGGAUACUGGUGCCAGAGGGCCUCCAGGACCUCCAGGUGGGAGGGGCAUGAUAGGGAUAAAAGGGGAGAGGGGACCUAAAGGUGGGCGUGGGCUUCGGGGCCCUAAAGGCUCCCCAGGUGAGAGUGUGGAGCAGGUUCGCUCUGCUUUCAGUGUGGGUUUGUUCCCCAGCAGAUCCUUCCCUCCACCUGGCCUGCCUGUGAAGUUUGAUAAGGUGUUUUAUAAUGGUGAGGGGCACUGGGACACAACACUCUAUAAGUUCAAUGUCACCUAUCCAGGGGUCUACUUAUUCAGUUACCACAUCACUGUGCGCAACCGGCCGGUGCGUGCAGCUCUGGUGGUUAAUGGGAUACGGAAGCUGCGGACACGGGAUUCUCUGUAUGGCCAGGACAUUGAUCAGGCAUCCAGCCUCGCACUGCUGCCGAUGGAGCAAGGAGACCAGGUAUGGCUGGAGACGCUGAGAGACUGGAACGGAGUUUAUUCCAGCAGUGAAGAUGACAGUACGUUCUCUGGUUUCCUUGUUUACCCAGACCCAAAGAACAAAACUAUUGCUUUAAUAAACCAGUGACUGCAAACUUUGACCUUGA